AUGCUUGGUGAGGUCGCGGAGCCUCACCAGUGGAAAUACGAACGGCAGCCUAUACCGGUCGAGCACAUUCGCUGGAGCCAGGAGACCAUCGGCAUCCGAUUUCGAGAUGGGACCUUGCUCUUCGACACGCUCCAGCAAAUGCUGGCGGGCAAGAUCAAGCCAGAUGUCCUUCCCACCUUCCGCGUCGUGCUGUACGAGGAUCUCCUCUACGCAGUCACGGGCAACCGGCGCCUGUGGGUACUCAAGGCGUAUCAACGCCUCUCAGGUCGACCUGUGCGCGUAAUAGCCGAGUGCCACCCACCAGCAGCUAUGAAGACGCAGUGGUGCAAGCGGCGGUAUUCGACGUCAACCCAAGGUGAGUCGGUCCGCUUUGUCUGCAAGAGUUUCGCAGACUGUACCUAUGCGGAGAUGCAGGAGGCCCUCUGGGCAGCGAAUCAGCGGAAACACGCUCAAACGCUGGCGAUGCUGGAGGCCGAGGUGGGCCCAGAGAAGCAGGCUGAGGAGGCGGCUCUUGAGGCCCAGAGGGCGUCGGAGCUUGCACAGGCCCAGGCGCUCCUGAGGUCCCUGGAUGCUUUCGAAGAUGGUCCGGAAGACUGCUGGCAGGGGGACGCGACCGAGACGGCACAUGACCCGGGUCAAGGUGGCAGCACGUCGUCUGUCGACAACGACACGGCUACAACAGAGCUGCCACAGGAGGGGGAGCGAGAGACGCCCUUGGAAGUGUUUCCAGCCACAGACGAUGAGGAGGAGGUAGAUGACGCGGCGCGGAAGGCACUGAACUCUCUAAUGGGUGUCCCGGACCAGAGCAGCAACAGCUACGUGCCCGUCGGCCUGCACGUGGCAGCGCAGCAGCUCCUCGCAGACCCAUCCAGCACCGGACCUCUGUACCCGGGAGCGGCAGGGUACCCACCGGACCUGACGCCUGAAGGUUGGGUGGACUGCGCGAUGGGGGCGUGGCAGACCACACUGAUGCAGGAUGGCGCUUUCGAUUUCCCCGGCUACUUUGAGCCAGACUGGUCGCUGAUAUCACAAACGUGGGAGUAUGCUUCGGAGGAAGCCCCGCCGGCUGCCGCCUCCAUGCCCACAGCGAUGCAGGGCAUCCAGGCAGUUCCGUUUCAGGUCUGGCAGAUGCAUUUGGCGGGACAGCUUUCCGGACUCGGCUUCCUGAUCGAUCCGAGCCAGGCGUCUGGAGGUGCUCGUUUCGCGAAUUGA